UCAGUGACCUUUAAAAGACCCCUGGCAAGCAAGACGCGCCGAGGGUCACCGCCAGUUACCCCAACCAAGCUCAAUGAGACAGCUGUGCGAAGCUCCAGACAGGACUCACACUCCAUGUCUGGAUUAUUUAAAUGGAUACAUUAUGAUGUCCCUAUAUAUACUCGCCUGGAGUCAUGGUGUUACAGACCUGAUUUCUUGACUUCACCAUGCAGUCCAACCGUGAUGAUGAGAAGGCCGCCAUCCCUUCACCUGACGGGUGCUUCCUAAUGUGGCACGAUUACAUGGAUCUCCAAAAAACGCUGUCGGACCUGUUCAACCGAAAGGAAACCGGGCAGACAUGCGCAGAUGCUGAAGGCUUGGAAAACCUCCGUCCCCGGAGGCUGGACAGCGGCUCUGUCGGUAACAUCAGCAGCAACAGCAGCAGCAGCGCAUCCUCGUACCGCGAUCAGCGAGCCAACUGCGGCUUUUGCAAACACAACGGCGAGGCUGUGGAGGUCUACACGAGCCACAGACUUAAAUCCAAAGACGGAAAGAUCGUGUGCCCGGUUUUAAGAACCUACGUGUGUCCGGUCUGCUCAGCCACCGGUGAUCGGGCGCACACGCGCCAGCAUUGCCCUUUCAGAAGCGCAUCUCUUCAUCCUCAUAUUAAUGGACUCUAAUGUACUCACAGGUUAAACAUCUACGUUUGUGUUAGUAUGUUUGUUUGUAUGCUAUGUUGGAUUUGUUGCAUACUUGUGUAUGUUUGAAUACAUAUUGUUCUCAUUAUUGAAAAGUUCAAAGUGUUCUUGUAAAAAUAAAUAUAUUUUUCUAUUG